AUGAUGGUAUUGCAGGAGGAGUCAGAAACCAUUGUUAUGCUCUGCAAUUGCAUUGAAACGGGUAAAAAUAAAUGUUCACCGUAUUGGCCAGAUCGCGUCGGAGAUACAAAAACCUUUUCAGGAAUAGAAAUCACCAAUCUUCAGAUGAGGUCAAUGUCUUCCGAUGAACCAUCUGUCGUUCUCAGUAUACUUAGUAUAAGAUUUACAAAACUUGAUGGUACACCUGAAAUACGGGAAGUUAGACACUACCAAUGGUUGGAUUGGCCAGACCGAGGAGUACCGCCGGUUCGGCUUACCAGUAUGGAACUCCUGUCGCGGAUUCGGGGAACAAAAAAGCCUAUCAUCGUACACUGUUCAGCAGGAAUCGGUCGUACCGGAACAAUUGUUGCCAUUGAAUAUAUACUAGAACGCAUGCAAGCAGGAGUUGAAUGUGCAACGAUGUGUGAUUUAUUAAAAGAACUUAGAAAUCAGCGUGCGUAUACUAUACAGAAUGAUUUGCAAUACCUCUACAUUCAUCGUGUUAUACUCUGUUAUUUCCUAGAAAAACAUAAAAGCAGAUAUGAGUCCAUUUUGACGGAAGAAAACAAGGCGAAGUAUGCUAAAUUCAUCAACGACUAUAACAUUGCCACAGGAACGCAAUAG